AUGGGGCUUUGCCUUGCAGAGGUGCAGUCCCACUCGCCUGGGCCCAACGUCUUGGUGGCCCCUGCAGCAGCACUAGCGAUGGCUGCCGCGAUGGUGGGGCUCUUCCCGCAGGAUGUGAAGCUGGCGCAGCCGUAUCCCAUGCGGGACGAGACCGGGGACUGCGACGUCUUCUGUCAGGUGCUCUCCAGACGAAGCUUCCGAGUGCGCUUCGUGGUUCCCGAGGAUCUGCCGGCGCUGGAAGUGUUAGAGGAGAUGGCAUGGAAGAAGCACAUGCGCACCCCCAGAGAAGGCCUGCUGAAGCGGCUCCAAGCCUCUCCGACGACGAACUUCGCCUUGGAGGUGGACGGGCAGGUGCGGGCUGUGCUGUACACGCAGCGGAUCCGCAAGCCGGAGGAUGUCUACCGGCAGAAGCUCCAGCAGGUCUUCGAAGGCCACGUGGAGGGGGGUCCGGUGCUUCAGCUCAUCGCCAUCCACGCCCACACGGAGCACAGGGGGCUCGGCACGGAGCUGCGCAGCUUCGCCCUGCACCUGGCCCGCCUCGACCCAACCAUCGAGUCCGUGUGCGCCGUGACUUUGUGUCACGACUACGCCAGCAGCGGCGUGAAGAAUAUGCAGCAGUACGUGGACAUGCACGUCAACGGCAAGGUGAACGACCGAAUUCUUACGUUUCACACCUCCUACGGCGCUAAAGUCCUCGGCUUGGUCCCGGGCUACCGGCCAGAGGAGCACCGAAGCGAGAAGCGA